UUUGUGUAGCUUUAUCUAUAUAGAUAUAUAACAAGCGCGUAAAUACGAUACUGGUGUCUAUUGAUUUUGUGUCUUCAAAUUAAUAAAAGGUCUGCAUGAUCUAUUAAUGGGAGCACAAAGUUAGAGGAGAACUUGAAGUGCAAGUUUGCAAACAUCUCCAUGUCCACACAAUCGAAAACGAUGCCUAUGCUCGAUCUCAAAGUGUAUAUCCGCGUUGUCGCUGCAGUAUUUUCGCUAUCUUCAGCAACGGCAUUUUCAUUAUCGCUGCUUCGUUUGCUGACUCCUAAUCUAUAUUAUUUGGAGCCACUGGAUGGCAGCAAUAAUGUUCUACAUUAUUUUGUAUCGGGUUUAAUGGUGGUAACGAGUGCGAUAGGGCUACUCAAUAGUUGUGUGGUUAUGAACCGCAGCGCCGCGAAGAACACAGGUCGGAAUAUAACCACUUGGCUGCUGCUCGAUUCCCUGUUCGAGACGGCCAGGGUUGUGUACAUCUUCAUGUGCGAGAUUGUGAUAAAGGGACGCGGUCCCUUACAAGUAUACGAGCUCUUGAUAAGCAUUGCACAGUAUUUGCUGGACAGCUUCCUCUACUGUCAGAUGAUACUCAGACACUAAUAAAGGGCGUUAUUUUUAUUUUCAUCCUCGACUGUUAUUAUAUAACUAAGUUUUUAAACUAUCGCCUUUACUAUAAACACUUUUCAUUCUAUUCGACUUACUGCGGUUGUCAUUUUAAUACUACCAAUAUAUCAGCGUCGAUGACGACGCUAUGGUCGUUGGUGACCGCAUUCACAGUAAUGGCUCUUCCAAUAAUCUCGUGAUGUUUUUUUUUCCCGACAAAACCCUUUGAUAAACACGUGAUUAAUGGGGCUAUCCCCAAGUCCGGUAGAAUGGUGAGUAAUCAGACUGUACCUACGCAGGUAUUCUAGACAUUCCUAAAUAUAGUGAUAUAAUCGUAAAAGUAGAGUUAUGGGUCUACGAAUUAGUAUUUUAAAAGACAUUUAAUAAGGAACUCAGUACUGUUGUUAAUUAUUAUUACAGUAAAUAUAUGUUGUUGUGAUUUUUUUUA